AUGGGCCGUGCUGAAGCAAUUACGUACUCAGGGCCAACAUAUGUGGCGAUUAGAAGUGACAAACAUUCCUCUUCGACAGUUUCUACUCAUGCUGUGGACUUCAAUCAGCUUGCUACUCUCAACAAUUUCAAGGAAAUUAUGCGAGAUGAAGGAUGCCUGAAACCAGUUGUUUUGAUUUCAUCUGAUGGAGAACCUGAUGAAAACCCGAGAUAUCCAAAAGUUAUUUCCCAUGAAAUACACCACUUUGUCAAGCAUGAUCUAGAUGCAAUAUUCAUCUUUACGAAUGCACCUGGCAGAAGCGCGUUCAACCGUGUUGAGAGAAGAAUAGCGCCUCUAAGCCGGGAAUUAUCUGGACUCAUACUUCCGCAUGAUUCUUAUGGAAGUCAUUUGGAUGAACAAGGGAGAACAAAAGAUCAUGAUCUUGAAAAAAUUAACUUUCAGAAAGCUGGAAAAGUUCUCGCAGAAGUAUGGGAUAAUAUGGUUAUCGACGGCCAUGACGUCGUAGCAGAGUAUGUCGAGCCCGAUGACAGUUCUGAAAGCUUUAUUCCAGACCUGCCUUCUCCGCAGUAG